UUUCACUUCCUCCUCCGAGAGCCGACGGAUCCGCGCCGGCUAGGCGGGCAUGGCGCUACUGGACGUGUGCGGAGCCCCCCGAGGGCAGCGGCCGGACUGGGCUUUUCCGGGUGCGGGAAGCAGGCAUGGCUCAGACCCGGGGCACUACAGCUUCUCCAUGCGAUCUCCGGAGCUCGCCCUCCCCCGCGGAAUGCAGCCCACUGAAUUCUUCCAGUCCCUGAGUGGGAACGGAGAAAGGAACGUUCGGAUCGAGAUGGCCCACGGCACCACCACCCUGGCCUUCAAGUUCCAACACGGCGUGGUUGUGGCCGUGGACUCCCGGGCCUCGGCGGGGAAUUACAUCGCCACCUUACUGGUGAACAAGGUGAUUGAGAUUAACCCUUACCUGCUUGGCACCAUGUCUGGCUGUGCAGCAGACUGCCAGUACUGGGAGCGCCUGCUGGCCAAGGAGUGCAGGCUGUACUAUCUGCGGAAUGGGGAGCGUAUCUCAGUGUCGGCAGCCUCCAAGCUGCUCUCCAACAUGAUGUGCCAGUACCGGGGCAUGGGCCUCUCCAUGGGCAGUAUGAUCUGUGGCUGGGACAAGAAGGGUCCUGGACUCUACUAUGUGGAUGAAAAUGGGACUCGGCUGUCGGGAAAUAUGUUCUCCACUGGGAGUGGGAACACUUAUGCCUACGGAGUCAUGGACAGUGGCUAUCGGCCCAAUCUUACCCCCAAAGAGGCCUAUGACCUUGGCCGCAGGGCUAUUGUUCAUGCCACCCACAGAGACAGCUAUUCUGGAGGCGUUGUCAAUAUGUACCACAUGAAGGAAGAUGGCUGGGUGAAAGUGGAAAGUACAGACGUCAGCGACCUGCUGCACCAGUACCGGGAGGCCAAUCAGUAAAGGUGGCGGCGGCUGGGCAAGCCUCCUCUGGGAGGGUCUGGCUGACUCAGGGACCUCAGCCUGAUUAGCCUCCUGGAGGAGGAGAGGCCUAACCUGGGCCAGAGGGAGAGAACAAGAUCCUUGGCAGUGGGGGCUGCAGGAGUUCAUCUUCUGUGUGUUUUCUAUUUCAAGGAGCAUUUCUCCCAAGGAAACUUCUGGGUGCCCCUCUAAGUACAAUAAAGAAAAACGGUUAUACAU